AUGUUAAGCGCCGUUGAACCUGCCUUGUCGCCGAAACUUCCAUGCGAUAGCGUAGAUAAAUUGAGCACUGAUAGGAGUGAACGUUGUCGACCGCGUAAAAUACUAGAUUAUGCUGUUCUAGCUAAAGGAAAAGGUUAUCGAAAUAGUCCCGGAGAAUCCUUUGCUAACAACCAUAAUGAAAUGAAUUUUUCAAGUUCAAGUAACUCAGAAAGCAAGAAGACGCGUCUUGGAAAAUAUCAGUCAGAUGAGCACAUAUCUACUUCAACUGAUACUCGUCGCUGCAGAACAGGACGGCAAACUGUUAUUUCAAAAAAAGGAAGUCGAUCCCAGCGUUCUUCAUUUCCUCCGUCGGCCAAAAAAGAGAAAAAUAUGUCCAACGAGACAAAAUUACGAAAGUCGUUCUGCGGAAGUAAAGGAAAUGUGUCAAAAAAAGAUGUAAAAGAUGCAAAGAAUAUCAAGCAAGCAUUCCAUAUUUCCAGAAAAGUGCUCGAAGCUCAUAAUCAACAGAUUAGUGAAUUUCAGAUACCGAGUAAUUGGAUCAGAGAUUCUAAAAAUAGGAAAAAAGUAACUCCAGACGAUGAAAUGAAAUUUAAAACUGCUGACGAAGUGCAGACAAGUUCCACAUCAACUUCUAAAAACACAUCUGUUGAAGAUUUGGCUAUGGAACGUCUUGUAAGGGCUUUCAAAACGGCUAAGCUUUUGUAUCCAGAAAAAUUUUCUAAAUAUUUUCCAGAUUUCAAACACUGCUUUGAAGAUGAAAACAAGGAAGAGUCAAGUUCAAGAAGUUAUGUUACUGCGAAAGAGAAGCAGUCAAAGUCUGUCAAGUGUGAAGACGACUCUGAGACAACUUCCAGAAAAAGUACAGUAAGUCGUAAAGAGGAUUCAUCUAAAAAAACUCAAAGUAAGUCGUGCAAAACUUCUAGAGAAGCCAAAAAGGGAGAUUUAGAUAGAUCAUCUAUGGAGGAAAAAAGUUUAAAAGAUGGAGCGAAGCAGAAAAUGAGCGUUUCUACGGCAGGUAUUUCUGGACUUCGUAAACGAUGUAAAGCAACAACUGAUUUGUCAUCAAAUCGUUCUACACUUGUAAAGUGUCAAGAAAGUGGAAAUGCAAACAGCAUCAACAGAAACAGUGAUAUUAAAGGAGCGAACGAAGUUUCGGUGCCAAAAAGACGUCGCAUUUCUAAAAAUUCGAGUCUUGAUGCUAACGGUCAUGAAACUGUCAUCCAAAACAAGUCUGAAGACGGUACAACCGAAUCAUCGUCAGAUGAAUCAUCUAACCUUCGUUUAUCAAAAAGGCAACGAGCUCAAAGCGGUUUUUACAAGUAA